GAUCUAAUAAUAAGUUAUUAUCAGUGGAUCAGGAUCCUUCAGAAAUGUUCCUUCAAACAAAUAGCUUCUUUCCAUAUAAUUUCAUCACCCAUUUUUUAUUUUAACAAUAACAAUCAAGACAACGGUUUUGCACUGAUAUUGAUAAUCUUUUCUAAUACUUGUACAACUAUAAUGUUAUACUUCAACAAAAUACACUUUUGGUCAAGGUUCCAAUCUUUGUUGCUGAUGCAAGGAGGACCUCGUUCUAGAACUUGUUCCUAGUUCUUUUUUUUUUUUUUUCUUCUUCAUUCCAAUGGCAACAAUGUGAGAGGAGAAGAGUGAUGGAGACGAAGUCGGUGGCUGACGAGGAGGAGGCAGUUGUCGUGCAGUUGGUCACUUUGCCAUGAUGACAGCACAAUGACGCUCAUUUGUAACGCCAUAGCAUCAUGAUGUUAUGAACUUUAGGUAUUUAUCUAAAUUAAGACAAUGUGAUACACACUAUAUAGUGUUAUAGUGCUAACACAACUCCUUUUAUAAAGGUGGGGUUUUGUGCGUGCAAAAGAACCAUGCAGGAAAGGAAACAAAGUUGUUUUUACAAUGAUGAUUCGCCUCCUCCUACUCCUACAUGAACAAAACCAGGUCUGCAAAUCGCGAACCAUUACUGGCUCUUCCGAUUCCACUCUGAAACCCAUUAGAUUUUCUUCAACAACACAGUGGUAGAUUUUCUUCCCCGAGCUUCUCUCUGAAAUUUGGGACCAAUCCCACGUCGCCGCUUUAUUGGAUUGCGGCGUCUAGUUUUAGUGUACAUACGCCCAAAGAAUCUGCGCACACUUAAUCGCACCAGAGUAUAGCAUUCGGCCGUUUUCUGGGAUCUGAUUAAUCGUUUGUAGCAUCGUUAUUGGGUCGAUUUUCGUCUUUACUUGUAUUCGCUGAGGGGCAGAUGGGAACCAAGUAUGUCCAGAAGAGUGCCAAGUACAAGACCUCAGUUAAGGAUCCUGGCACGCCCGGCGUUUUGGAAAUGACAGAGCGCAAAUUUGUAUUCAAACCUAGUGAUCCCACCUCAGCUUCUAAGCUUGACGUGGAGUUCAGAUAUAUUAAAGGCCAUAAAAACACCAAGGAAGGAUCAAAUAAACCACCAUGGCUUAAUCUCACCAGGGACCAGGGUGGAAGUUACAUUUUUGAGUUUAAAAACUUCUCCGAUCUUCAUGUUUGCCGGGAGUUUGUGGGAAGUGCUCUGGCAAAGUCAGGAGAGACUGCACAAGCUUCUUCUGAGAGGCAUGUAGCCACAUUUCCUCAUGAACAACUCAGUAAACUGGAAAUGGAACUCCGAAUGAAAUGUUUGCAAGAGGACAGUGAACUGCAGAAACUUCACAAACAAUUUGUGAUUGGUGGUGUGUUGACCGAGUCUGAGUUUUGGGCAGCAAGGAAGAAAUUAUUGGAACGAGACAACUCCAAGAAAUCAAAACAGUUGGUUGGUUUCAAGAAUUCAAUGGUUUUGGACACCAAACCAAUGUCUGAUGGUCGGACAAACAAGGUUACGUUUAAUUUGACACCCGAGAUCAAAUAUGAGAUUUUUGCUCUGAAACCAGCUGUUCAUCAGGCCUUCCUUAGUCAUGUUCCCAAUAAGAUGUCGGAGAAAGACUUUUGGACAAAAUAUUUUAGGGCAGAGUACCUUCAUAGUACAAAAAAUUCUAUUGCAGCUGCGGCAGAGGCUGCUGAAGAUGAAGAACUUGCCCUUUUUCUGAAGGAUGAUGAAAUAUUGGCUGCCGAGACUCGGAAAAAGAUUCGGCACGUUGAUCCAACAUUGGAUUUGGAGGCUGAUCUAGGGGACGAUUACACGCAUCUUCCAGAUCAUGGAAUCUUUCGUGAUGGUGGCAAGGAAAUAACUGAAUCACAUAAUGAACAAUAUAGAAGGACUCUGUCACAAGACCUUAAUCGUCAAGGUGCAGUUGUUCUUGAAGGAAGAACCAUAGACGUAGACUUGGAAGAUCCAAGGACAGUGGCAGAGGCACUCGUGCGUUCUAGGCAUGAGGUAGAAGGAAAUGAGAAGCAGACGGCACUUGAUAGGAUCUCUAGGAUGACUGCAAUUGAGGAUCUUCAAGCACCUCAUAGCCAUCCUUUUGCUCCUCUUUGUAUCAAGGAUCCUCGAGAUUAUUUUGAUGCUCAACAAGCAAAUGCCAUUAAAACAUUGGACGACACGCGAGCUGGAAUGCAACAAACUAAAUGCAGUUUGAGCACUGCAGAAGCAUACUGCUCACUAAGGGAAUUCAUAUCUGAGAUCAAAUCUUCUGGAUUGAAUCAUCCCAUAAUUAAACCUGAAGUUGCACUUAUGGUUUAUAAUGGAUUGACUCAAAAUAUUUCUAGUACGAAAUAUCAACUAGGGAAAAGCCCUCAGGAGAGUAUUCUGGAGAGUUUACCAAACCCUGCAAAGGACGAACUUCUUCAUCAUUGGAUCUCGAUUCAAGAAUUACUGAGGCACUUUUGGUCAUCUUAUCCAAUUACCACAUCAUAUCUUUAUACUAAAGUGAGCAGACUGAAGGAUGCCAUGUCAAAAAUCUAUCGACAGUUAGAGGAGAUUAAGGAAACCGUGCAGGCAGAUUUUCGUCACCAGGUAUCUCUUUUGGUUCGUCCGAUGCAUCAGGCUCUGGAUGCUGCAUUUCAGCAUCAUGACGCUGACUUGCAGAAGAGAUCAGCAAAGAGCGGAGAAAGGCCUAAUGGAUACACAUAGAUAAUAUCAAUAUAGAAGAACGGCUAUAGUACGUCCCUUUCAAUUCCCUCACUAAGUUAUUUCUCCUUUACAUGAAAUUUUGCUGUGAACGGAGCCAUCACGUAUUGGACAAGUUUUUACUUUAGCAUUCAUUGUGCCCAAUGCCUAACCUAUGUCUUUAGUAGUAAAUAGCAACAAUUCUUCAUCUUACAAUCCACAGGUAACUCUGUUUAUAGAAUAAGCAUUAGAAUUGGAUUGCCGUAGGAACUGACUUUAUAUAUAGUGUGGGAGAUGAGAGAUAUUUAUCUCCAAUCAUGCUAUUUAUUGACAUUGAAAUUUUACUCUUUUGUUAGUAUUACUUGGAAGAAACAGGAUUCCAUUAAUGUGAUAACAUGUACAAAAAAAGGCAGGAAGGCCUCCACAGAAGCUAAUGAGAUUUAAAAAA